AUGAUUACUCAAAUCUUUGUACUUCUUUUGGGUGUGACGUAUUCAACAGCACAAGCGCAAAAGGCAAAUGAACCGAUACCAAUCAUUCGUUAUGAAUCCGAUGGACCCAAUGUAGACGGGACCUACAAAUGGCUUUAUGAGACCGGUAAUGAAAUUAACGCUGAAGAGUCAGGAUACGUAAAGAAUUUUGGACAAGGAGAAGGUCAGGAGAUACAGACAGCGGAAGGGAAGUUCAGCUACAAAGCUCCGGAUGGCACUCUCAUCUCUCUUACGUACAUAGCCGAUGAGAAUGGAUUUCAACCGCAGGGAGAUCAUCUGCCAACACCUCCACCAAUCCCACCCGCAAUCGCAAAAGCUUUGGAAUAUUUGAAAAGUUUACCUCCUAGCAACAAUGAAGGCGCAUCUUCCAAUGUUCAACCACAGUUUCAAGCCGCACCUUUCAAAGCCAGGCCCAGAUUUUAA